CUAUCCCUCUAAAACCCACAUUCAUUCAGUGCCGUGUCGAGUUCAGAAGAGCGCGGUGCGCAGCGGAUUUAUCCAGCGUCAAUCCGUUUCUAAUUCAAAUUCAAAAUGGCGCUUGGACUUGUGUGCUUUUUGGCGGUAAUUUGCAGUUUACUACAUCAAGGACUAGCGAUCACUUGUUACCAAUGCAAUAGUCACAAUGACUCCAGAUGUCUUCUGGACAAACUGCCAGACUCCCUGCGGCUGCCGUGUGGCCCCAAGGAGACAAUGUGCAGGAAGAUCUCCCAAGUAGUGGAGUUCGAGAUGAACGGCAUGCCUCCAGACAGCAGGGUGAUCAGAGGGUGUGGAUGGGAUGAGAGUAGCUACAAGGGUCGCUGCUACCAGAGAUCAGGGUUUGGAGGCAGACAAGAAGUGUGUUCAUGUCUUGAAGAUGGCUGUAACUCAGCCACGGUUCCUGUAGGCGCCACCGCCUUAAUGCUCAUCACAUUUGCAUUACUAAGGUUCUAGGUUUAGAUUCUGCUCCAAAUUAUUAAAUACUGAACUGAUAAGCAAUACCAUCAACUGUUAGAAAAAUCUUCUUAAAAAGCUCUUUUAGCAGACAAAAUCAGUGCCAUUUCUAUCACAAAAGACACAACCUUAGCCUUUAGAUAUGGCAAUCUAUUGUCUAUGGUUUUUUUUUAAUAUCUAUAGUGCAGACUUAUAAUUGAUCUACAGGACUAGUUAAUGCUUUUCACCAAACUAACCAUCUGUUUCUUAACCACUGUUAAUGAGGUAAAAAUAGAACGAUCGGAGCGUAUUUUAGUUGAAAAACUACGAGAGAUUGUUAAUUUUGUUCAGAAUAUAGAUACUUGAGAGUAUAAUAUAGUUAGUUGUAUGUAUUUAUAAUUUAUUUGGAUGAUAUACUGUGUUCGUUACUGUUAUGUGGUGUGUAGGGUGCAAAUUUAGUGACCAUAUGUAACUUAGUAACUUAGUUAGUGACCACGACGUGUAAAUAGGUAUAAUUAUCCGUUAGAAGUAUAGGGUUACACAGAUCUGUACUUGCUAAUGUGUUAAUACAGCUAUAGACCCAGUUUUACAGUGACAAGUUACAAACAAAUUAUUGUCCAUUGCAAUAAUUGUGAGAAAGGAUUUUUGUCCUUGAUCAUUAGUUUUGUUGUCUGUACUAAUUUCACUUUAUUUAUCAACGUCACAAAUAGUAGGUUCAUUAGAAGACCACUAUGCUUGUUGUGUUUGUAAUUUACGAAUGUAUUUAUUAAACAGUUUUUCAAUA